AUGGGCUUCACGUUCGGUUUCAACGUCAGUGACGACGAAGGCGAGGCUCCCACGCCUGCCACUCCUCCCCCACCCUCUGCCUUAUCCUCGCUCUCCAUCGCCCCUGAAAACAUGCCCCAGGAACACUCGCUUGAUUCGGUAUUGGACACCCUAAAGGACGUCAAACUCACCUUCGACAACUACACCACGCCUGUGGGCAAGACCUUGGUAUACAGACGCGAGCUCUUUGACGUCAGGCACCAGGUGAUGUGUGAGGACUCAGAAGAGCCUCUGUUGGUGGUCAAUAACGACCGCGACUUGGAGAAGAACGUGUACGAGGGAGGCUUCAAGAGCUGGGAGUGCUCGUACGACGCAGUUGACAAGCUCCGCGAGCUCUUAGACAAGGACAGCUUGAACCAUCGCUCGUUCCUCGAGUUUGGCUGCGGAACCUCCUUGCCUACGUGCUAUCUCUUGAGACACAAGCUCGAGUCCCACAACACCGAUCCCGUCACCUACAUCCUCUCUGACUUCAACUACCAGGUGUUGCGGUUGGUGACAGUACCCAACCUCUUGAUCCACUGGGCAUCCACACUCCCAGUGGACCAGUUGGUGGCUCUCACCUCGCUGGAGGAACGGCCCUUGUACAACAACGACGAGUUGUUGUGCACUCCAGCGUUGCUCCAGGCAUUUACAAUCGCCAUGAAAGCCUCUGGGAUCACCCUCAGACUCGUUUCCGGGUCCUGGGGCCCUCAGUUCAACCAGUUGGUGGGUCCAGUCGAGUUCUUGAUCUCGUCCGAAACCAUCUACUCCUUGGACACCUUGCCAGUGGUGGCCGAGUCGGUGGUGGAGCUCGCAGACCAUGCAUUGGUAGCAGCAAAAAACAUCUACUUCGGCGUGGGUGGCUCGGUGAUCGAGUUCUUGAACUACUUAAAACGUAUCCAUCCGCUGGGCACCGUCGACGUGGAGGAGGUGGGCGAGUUGAAGAGAUCGCUCAUUAUGUACUCGCGAAUGUUCCGUCAAACCUUGCAAAGAAUAGCUGUCCGUAGUCAGUCCACCGUCACCAAGGCUGCUCCAAGACCAUUGUCCAACGCUCAUGUUAGCAACUUAGAGGGAAGAUGGGGCAGCUUGCCAAAGGAAGACCAAACCGCUUUGAUAGAAGAAUUGAAGACCAGAAUGGAAUUACCAUGGAGCGAGUUAUCCGUUGCCGAAAAGAAGGCCGCCUACUACAUCUCUUUCGGUGAAUGGGGUCCAAGAAAGCCAUUGCACGGUCCAGGUGACGCAUCAAAGGUUUUCUGGGGUGUUGUCGGUGGUAUCGCUGCCUCCGUCGUCGUGUUUGCCGGUAUCAGAUCCUUGGGUGCCAAGCAACCUCACACUUUGGAAAGAAACUGGCAAGAAGCUUCCGACGAAUACUUGAAGUCCAAGAAUGCCAACCCUUUCACUGGUUAUUCUCAAAUUCAAUGA